GGAGUGUUCUAAUUUCUUUCUUUUACAUUUAGCUAUCCAGUUUUCCCAGCACCACUUAUUGAAGAGGCUGUCUUUUCUCCAUUGUAUAUUCUUGCCUCCUUUAUCAAAAAUAAGGUGACCAUAUGUGUGUGGGUUUAUCUCUGCACUUUCUAUCCUGUUCCAUUGAUCUAUAUUUCUGUUUUUGUGCCAGUCCCAUACUGUCUUGAUUACUGUAGCUUUGUAGUAUAGUUUGAAGUCAAGGAGCCUGAUUCCUCAGCUCUCUUUUUCUUUCUCAAGAUUGCUUUGGCUAUUCGGGGUCUUUUGUGUUUCCAUACAAAUUGUGAAAUAUUUUGUUCUAGUUCUGUGAAAAAUGCCAUUGGUAGUUUUAUAGGGAUUGCAUUGAAUCUGUAGAUUGCUUUGGGUAGUAUAGUCAUUUUCACAAUGUUGAUUCUUCCAAUCCAGGAAGAUGGUAUAUCUCUCCAUCUGUCUGUAUCAUCUUUAAUUUCUUUCAUCAGUGUCUUAUAGUGUUCUGCCUGCAGGUCUUUUGUCUCCUUAGGUAGGUUUAUUCCUACGUAUUUUAUUCUUUUUGUUGCAAUGCUAAAUGGGAGUGUUUGCUUAAUUUCAGAUUUUUCAUCAUUAGUGUAUAGGAAUACAAGAGAUUUCUGUGCAUUAAUUUUGUAUCCUGCUACUUUACCAAAUUCAUUGAUUAGUUCUAGUAGUUUUCUGGAAGCAUCUUUAGGAUUCUCUAUGUAUAGUAUCAUGUCAUCUGCAAACAGUGACACCUUUACUUCUUUUCCAAUUUGGAUUCCUUUUGUUUCUUUUUCUUCUCUGAUUGCUGUGGCUAGGUCUUCCAAAACUGUGUUGAAUAAUAGUGGUGAGAGUGGGCAACCUUGUCUUGUUCCUGAUCUUAGUGGAAAUGGUUUCAGUUUUUCACCAUUGAGCAUGAUGUUGGCUGUGGGUUUGUCAUUAUUAUGUUGAGGUAAGUUCACUCAAAAGUUCAUUGCUGACUCUGAGAGAGCAGUUCUAAGGGGGUUAGAGUGAAAGCCAGACUGCCAGAGUUAAGGAGUGACAGAAUGAUAGCAAUGUAGAAGUAAGGUAUAUUUACAGCUCCUGCAUUAGUCUGCUGGGGCAGCCAUACCAAAAUACCAUAUACUGGGUGGCUUAAACAACAGAAAUUUAUUUUUUCAUAGUUCUGGAGGCUAGAAGUCCAAGAUCAAGGAGCCAACAUGAUCAGCUUCUAGUGAGAGCUCUCUUCCUGGCAGAUGUCUGCAUUUUCACUGUCCUCACAAGGCAGAGAGAGAGAAAGUUCUGGUGUCUCUUCCUCCUCUUAUAAGGACACCAGCCCUAUCAGAUUUGGGCCCCACCCUUAUGACCUCAUCUAACCCUAAUUACCUCAUCUAACCCUAAUUACCUCCCAAAGGCCCCAUUUCCAAAUACCAUCACUGGGGGUUAGGGCUUCAUCGUAAGAAUUUAGGGGGAGACACAAGCAUUUAGUCCAUUAUAACUCUUUAAGAAGUUGGGUCAGAAUUGAAGAGGAAGCUUGAGGGGUCGGAGAAUUAAGAAUAAAAUAGAUGUGAUCAUAUUUGUAGGAAGGGACUGGAAAAAAUGAAGAAAGUGAGAAUAGAAACAAAAGAUGGUCAUGGUUGAGAUUUUGAGUGCAACUUGAGGGAGUCAAGGAUUUAAGGGUUCCACUUAGCAGCUUCUAUGGUCCAGCAAGGCAGUGAGCUAAGUGAUGGAUAUACCUGAGCUCAUGGGUCCUCUCAGCAGCCCUAGGAGAUGGAGGACAUCAUCCCCUUUUUCUAGGUGAGGAAACAGGUUUUGAAAGGUUAGGGAACAGAGCCAAGAUCACCAGCUGAGUGUCAGCACUAGGAUCUGAUUACAGAGCUUAUUUUCUUCCCUCUUAGCUCACUCAUAGCCUUUCGAAGACCUCUUGAGUCUUCUGAACUUGUAUAUUCUACUAUUUCCAGGAGACUGGGAUAGCCCAAGAGUCUUCAGAAAAAAUCAAGAUGGAAACUUUAGCCUUUUUAACCCAAGAUUUUUUUCUUUUGUCUCAUUUUCCUUAAGUGUCCUUCAGUAAUUCAGCUAUGGAGAACUUAUUUCUUUCUUUGAAGAAGAAUAGUCUUUCCUUUGAAGGCUUAAUAUUUUUCUUUUAGUUAGUAUUUUAGACAAAUGUAAAAGAAUUCUAUCCAUCAUGCCCUGUAGUUCCAUAACCAAUAGGAAUAUUGGAAGAUACAGAUUUCCCUUUUUUUCUUCCCCCUCUUCCUUCCCCACCCUCCCUCCACCUCUCCCUCCCUCAUUAUUACAUUAUGCAGGGCAGCAUAUACAGCCCACCUCCAUAUGCUUAGGCCAUACAAGAAUGGGCAGGCCUUCCCUGGUGGCGCAGUGGUUGAGAGUCCGCCUGCCGAUGCAGGGGACACGGGUUCGUGCCCCGGUCCGGGAAGAUCCCACAUGCCGCAGAGCGGCUGGGCCCGUGAGCCAUGGCCACUGAGCCUGCACGUCCGGAGCCUGUGCUCCGCAACGGGAGAGGCCACAACAGUGAGAGGCCCAUGUACCGCAAAAAAAUAAAAAAAGAAUAGGCACCCUGAGAUGAUUUUUCAGAUCUUGCAGCCAUGAAGUUCAUCAGCUGUAUUUCUUGAGAGGCCAGUAUACAAAGCACUCCAAAUAGCCACCUUGUAAAAUGGAGAGUUUUUUCUCAGAGCACCUUAGACAACUCUAUUCUAGAAAUAGUCACACUUAGUGCCUCACCCCUUCAUUGUGCAAAAUGGUAUCUCUCUUCUGUUUGCUCCCUUACUCUCUCCUCUCCUCCCCUUCUCUUCUCUCCCUUCUACUCCCUCCCACCCCCAGUGUAUCCAGCCAUUUACAUGUAUUUGGGGUCAGUUAUGGCUGUGAGAUAAUUUUACAGUCAGUACCACAGGACUUACAAAUCCAACAAAUUUAAUUCACUUUGGUUCGAAAUAUUUUAGGAAAUAACUUUCUCAGGUCUGAGAAAUCAUAGUGGAAUGGGUCCAACCAGAAGAAGAAAUUCCAGAAUUGUGAAUGGCAUAGAAAGCAUGCUGUUAGCUGCAACUCCAAAAGUCCCAGACACACUUAUUCAUCCUUCAGAAAGAUUCCAGGCUACCAAAAGGGCUCUGGAAGCUUUCGUGUCUAUUCAACUAGAAAAGGUGGGGCUGCGGGACAUUAUGCUGAACGCCUUCCUCCUCAGGAAACAAGCCAUGGCUGACAGAAUGAAGAACCUCGAUGAAAUUGGGAAAGUCAAGAGAGAUGUUAUAGCUGAAUAUUGCCAGAAAUUCAACCACCACAUGUCUCACUAUGCUCUUCGGGGGCAGAUCAUGGCAUACUGCAACAGCCUGAGAGCCCUGCUGGACGAUUUCCCUACCAUCAGAGAUACCUUUUUCGUGGUGGGACAACCACAAGAAAAGAAGGGGUCGAGGCACUCCAAGGAGGGCCUCAAGCCUGACCCCAGUUUUCCAGAUGUUCGUAAUUCAGCCUACCUGGAGUUCACUCACUUGGAUGGAGGAGUUGGCAUACCUGUGCUGAGUUUUCAGCCCUGGCCGCGAUGUUUGCUGCCUGCUGACGGGAAAGUCUUCCUCAAUUUAUGGUUCAUACCCCAUCCUUCUGAAGUGCUGAUUAUGUUCAAAACUCUUCCUGAAAAGGUAGCUUUUAGAGCCUUAAAGCUAACUCUACAGCUGAUAGCCCGUCUCCAUGACAUUGUGGCCUACCUCUUCAGUUUGGCUAAACUUGGAAAUCAUCCAAAUUUUGAAUUUCCUCUAAGUCCUAACCCUCUGAGAGAUGACUGGGGAGGAACUAAGGGUAUUGGGUCUGAGCUUCAAGAGCUGCAGAAAAUGAUUGACAGCCUCCAGAGACCCCAAGACCCCACUGUGGUGUCCCAGGUCCUCCUCCUUCAAAGGAAGGUUAUGUUUCUGCAGUUUGAUGCUGCAGUGAGGUACCUCAUCCGAAGAACAUUUUUGGCAGCUGGAAAUGCUCCUGCCUACCAGUCUGUCACAGAUGACAUGUAGCAUGGGUUGCCGCCACUGAGCAACUCUCUCAUGAAGAGCAUGUUUGCUUCCCAGCUCAGCUUGCCACAGCUGCUGGAUCCACAGAGCCUCCAGGCAUUUGUGCUGUUCCCUUGGAGAGCAUUUCUGGAAGAUGGAGGACCAUUUCCAGUUACAAGUAGCAGCCCAGAUACCCUAGAAUAUAAGAUGCAGGUAGGAUAGGUCUUCCCACUUGUCACAGAGAGAGCCGAAUGCAGACUGCAAAGCAGGUGUCAUUGGGUCCGUAGGUCUGAUCCUUCAUACUCUAGUCAGUGGUGAAUAAGUUAUGAGAUAAGCAAGGUGUUUGGUUAUGAAACUAAACCCAGUGCUACAAGGUGAGUCAUGUUUUCUUAUGACAGAAGAAAAUCGUGGUUUCAGCUGGCAUCAGACUUGAAACAGAUGAAAUACUCAUGGCUAAUAAUGAUCUGAGGGAGUGGUCAUCCAUUUCUGGUCACUCUUGGGAACUCUUAGAGUAACUCCCAGGCUGGCAGUUCAGAGACGUGUGACUACUGACCAACCUACAGUAGUAGGAAGAGAACUCUUUAAGCAGGACUCAAAGGGAGAAUUUCUUUCAAUUAUAUGUUUCCCCCUGAUGAUUUAAGCAAGUAUUAUUGUGUUUUCAUUUUUUUAAAUAGAAAAUAUUAAAAAAGUAUUAUUAACAACAUUAAAGUCAAUGGCACAUUUGCUUCAAAAUAAUAUGGAGGUGGGGAGUGAUGAAGAUGGGGCAGGACUGGCCAUAGGUUGGUGGUUCUUAGGGCCGCGUGAUGGGAGCUAUUCUGUUUGCUUUUGUAUGUGCUCAAAAGUUUCCAUAAGUAAAAAGAUUAUUUUUUAAAAGUGAAAUAGUAAGAAUGGCUUAAAAAAAAUUAAUCAUAGUCCCCCGCUAGGGGACGGUCACAGUUCAUUUUGGUUUUUUUCCAGUAUUUUCCCUGUGCAUACAUGUAUCACACUAUACAUACACCACAUACGGACACCACCAUAAGGUUUAGGAAACUUGGACUUCCACACAGAGCCGAAAGUCUGAUAUGUUCAAGGGGGACUUUGAGCUAGAUAUGUUGCUCUGAGUUUUAUGGAUUUUUUUUUUAAUAGUUGAGAGCA